AUGUCAACUACUUCAACAACAUCUUCAGCAACAACCACUGGUCGUGUUAGUCUCAGCGGUAGAAGGAAGAGGACACCAGUGAAGAUUGAAUAUGAAGACCAACCUGAGGCAGCAGCUGACACACUAUCAGGGUUCACCGAUGAGGCUGAUGAUGCCAACAGCAACAGCAGUGAUAUGAUCAGGAAGAAGUUACGUUCGUCAACAAAGACAACGACAACGACAACAACAACCAGUACUAGUACAACCACAAAACAAGUUGGUAGUAGCACAAAGAGUACGGGUACGGCCAAGGCAACUGCUGGCCGCGUUGGAAAGGCAGUGGAUAAACUGGAGAGCACAAGGAAACAUUGGCAGGAGGAGUGGAAGUUGAUCGCAGAGAUGAGGGGUAUGCAAGAGGCACCAGUCGAUUGGGCAGGUUGUGAGGCCUUUAGUGAUCCUGGUCUGGAGGACAAGGUGUCAAGGUUCCACGUGUUGGUAGCAUGUCUAUUAUCAUCACAAACAAAAGAUGCUGUGACCGAUGCAGCGAUGAAGAAACUCAAGGCACAUGGCCUCACCGUGGACAACAUCAUUGCCACGUCCACAUCAGAUAUCGAGACACUAUUAUAUCCAGUGUCAUUUUACAAGAGGAAGGCUAUUUAUCUCAAGGAAGUAGCACAAACAUUGAAGAAUGAGUACCAAGGUGAUAUACCUCCAACGUUUGACAAGAUCAUGAAGUUGAAAGGAGUUGGAACAAAGAUGACCAACUUGAUUGUACAGGUGGCUUGGGGAAGAGUGGAGGGCAUUGCAGUGGAUGUUCAUGUACAUAGAUUGGUGAAUAGGUUGGGUUGGGUCAGCACAUCACAUCCAGACGAUACUGCAAAGGCACUGCAGGAUUGGCUUCCAAAAGAAAGGUGGCGCGAUAUCAACAAGCUACUGGUGGGCUUUGGACAGACUGUGUGUCAGCCGGUGCGACCCAAGUGCGAGGAGUGUCGGAUCAAUCAUCUCUGUCCAACAGGUGUAUCAAACAUGAAGUCUGGCAACAAGAAGAAAUCAAAGUCUAAGAAGAAAUCAAAGGAGGAUAGUAGUGAGGAGGAAGAUGAUGAAGAGGAAGAUGAAGAUGAGGAGGACGAGGAAUAG